AUGGUUAGCAUGGCAAACCAACAUCCUCCUACAAUGGAAGCGACGUCUUCAAGCAUACAACCCAACAUUAUUUUCAUCAUGGCAGAUGAUCAUGCCUCGAAGGCUAUUAGUUGCUACGGAGCUGGCAUCAACCGCACUCCCAACAUUGACCGCUUAGCGACGGAGGGCAUGAAGUUCAAUCACUGCUAUGUGACGAAUUCUAUUUGUACUCCGUCUCGUGCGUCAAUCUUGACUGGCACGUAUAAUCACGUCAAUGGUGUGAUGACGCUUGACAACCAUAUUAACAAGCAUAUCCCAAAUGUUGCGAAGCAUUUGCGCACUGGGGGUUAUCAAACAGCUAUGGUGGGAAAGUGGCAUCUCGGAGAAGGGAAACCACAUGAGCCUACGGGUUUCGAUUACUGGUCGAUACUCCCCGGACAAGGAGAGUACUGGGAUCCAGAGUUUGUCGAGCCGACUGGAACUAAAGUCGAGACCGGAUACGUGACCAACAUCAUCACCGACAAAAGUCUGGAUUGGAUCAAAUCUCGCGAUACAACCAGACCUUUCUUUUUGAUGUGCCAUCAUAAAGCGCCGCAUCGAUCAUGGGAAUGCGACGAGAAGCAUAAACAUCUUUACAAAAGCCCCAUCAAACUGCCGGAUACAUUUACAGACGAAUACAAAAACCGAGCCAAGGCCGCUAAGGUGGUCAAGUUCCGCGUCGUCGAGGAUCUGACUUACCAGGACCUAGGCCUGGUACAGCCCGAGGGAGGCAAUUGGGUCGGUGAGAGAGUUGUGCAGGAGAAGGGCGCUUCGGAGCGUAAAAUUCCCAUGCCAUCAUCAGAUGAAGUAGUCAAAUCAUUGCGGCUGAUCGACAAGGAUACCGGGGAGGUAUUCACAUUCUCAUCUCUUACGGAACUCGCUGAGUUCAAGUACCAACGGUACAUGCAGAGGUACCUCCAAACCAUUCAGUCGAUUGACGACAGCGUUGGUCGGCUAUUGAAGUAUCUCGAUGGAGAGGAGCCCUCAUUGCGCGAAAAUACAAUUAUCAUUUACACUUCCGAUCAAGGGUUCUUUCUCGGAGAGCAUGGAUGGUUCGAUAAACGAUUCAUGUAUGAAGAGUCAUUCCAAAUGCCCUUUCUAAUUCGAUAUCCCACCGAAAUCCAACCGGGCAGUAUUUGCAACGAUAUCAUCUCCAACGUGGAUUUUGCAACCACAUGGUUGGAUUUUGCAGGCUUGACUAUUCCGAGUUAUAUGCAGGGCGUUUCCUUCCGCCCGUUGUUGCAAGGUAAUACUCCAAAGGAUUGGCAACAAGUAGCAUACCACAGGUACUGGAUGCAUAACGACAUUAUCCAUCAAGCGUAUGCUCAUUAUGGUAUCCGAGAUCAUCGUUACAAGUUAAUAUAUUGGUACAACGAAGAUCUAGACGUCGAAGGAGCUCGUCCGGGUGCUGCGGAUGAGAAGGAAUGGGAGUUAUUUGAUUGUUACAAGGACCCAUUAGAACUAUUCAAUGUGUAUGAUGAUCCUGAGUAUGCAGAUGUUGUCGAGAGAAUGGCGGGUUUGUUAGAGAAGAAGAUGGCUGAGAUUGGUGACGAGCCGGUUCAUGAGAGAAUACCCGCUCUACUCGUGAAUUUAGCAGGUAUAAUACCACACGCUCCUUCAGGCACAAUGUGGCCACUUUCAACGCUUGAGUCUACGGCUCUUCUGAGUAUCUUUUCUACUAUUCCGAUUGUCUAUGGUCUGGAUGAGCUCAUCUGCAAGAACUCGUCAUACUCCGCUUCUGAAAGAGCCACAGAUUUACUCCAGAGAAUGACAUGGGAAGAGAAGAUAGGUCAAAUGGGCGGAGUGAGAACCCUUUUGGGUGCAAACCUGACAUUCAAUGAAACGACGUAUAAAUCUGUUCAUGAGUUGCAGAAUGGGAUUCUAGGAUUCGGAUAUAUGUUGAAUCAUGCAUUAGAUGUCCUUCCGAUUGCCAACAAAGUCAGAGAGCAGGAGAUUGAAUAUUCUCGCUUGGGGAUCCCGUACAUCACAGUCACGGACUCGGUUAAUUCAAUCUAUUUACCGGGGGGAACAUUUUACCCAGCAACGUUAUCAAUGAGCGCUUCGUAG